AUGAAGAUUCAGGAGCCUAAGGAUAUAACAUACAAGAAAAUAGCAUGGACUAUCAGCAACUUUAGUUCAUUGAAGACCAAUACUGCACACAUUUCUGAGGAUUUCAUAAUCGGCGGUUAUGCUUGGAAUAUUCAGUUGUACAAAGGAAUACAAGAUGGGAAGUACUUGGUUAUAAUUUUGCAUGUAGCUGAUGUUUCGAGUUUGCCUCAAGGUUGGAGUAUAUAUGCAGUCUGUACUUUCACUAUGGUCAAUCAAGUUUACAAUGAGAGAUCUGAAAAAAGAGAUAUAAAAGACAAGUUCAAUAAUUCUUGUCAUUGGAGUUUUCUAUAUUAUGUGGAAUUGACUAGGCUUCAGGACCCAUCUAAUGGCUAUAUUUUGAAUGAUAAAUGCAUUGUUGAAGUUGAAUUGUCUAAAGUAAGCCCUAUAGGCACUCGAGCAUUGGUCCCAAAGGAUGAUGCUACAGCUGAGUUCAAGGAUUUAGGACUAAUAGAGAAAGAAUUGGUUCCAUUGCUAGAGGAGGCUUGUUUAUGGCAUCCUUCAUUGAUGGAUUGUAAGCAAAAGAAAAGUCGUAAGUUUGUUGAGUGGGCAUUUACUGCAUUGGGUCGAGUUUUACAAUUCUUGAAGAACAAGAAGUGGAAGGAUAUGAAUGAGAAGGCGUGUAAGGAGCUUCAGCAUUUGUGGGAGGAACUUGAGAUGAGUAGAUUAGACUUGAGGUGGCUAGAGCCUCUUGUAAAAUCUGCUUUAAAUAUGAGAGGAUAUGCUGAGAAGGUAGAAAAAGUGAACAUGUUGAAGCAAGACUUGAGGGUUUUGGAAACAAAAAUGAACAAGAUCAAGGAAAAGCUGGCAAGCACAGAACAAAGCAUUGAGAUGACAAGAAGAGAAUUAGUAAAUGCAGAAGAUGACUUUGAAGAGAAGGAUUUGGAAGAAAAUAUUAGAUAUAGACAACCCUAGGCCUAUACAUGAUAAUUCCAUAAAAGAAUCCUAGAUAUAUAUGCAUUAU